UCACAACAUCAAAACUAAACUAAACAAUCUUUUUUCUUACCUUUAUAAAUACUUCCCAACUUUCUCUCCUAAUCAUUCAUUACAAACUACACUUUUUUUUUCUCUUCACUUCCAAUCAUUUGCUCUCAAUUUUUUUUCAUUUUCUUGAAACCAAAACGAAACCAAUACAAAACUCUGCAUCUAUGGCGACGCCUUUGGUUACCUUUUUCGCUUUAACGUUCGGUGUUCUGUUGAGCACUGUUGUCGCUGAUCCUGACUCGCUUCAAGAUGUUUGCGUCGCUGAUCUUACUUCUGGAACAAAGAUUAAUGGUUUCGUCUGCAAAGAUAAGGCAACACCUGAAGAUUUCUUCACCGCUGCCAUUUCAAAGCCAGGGGCGACCAACAACACCUUAGGCGCUCUCGUAACCGCCGCUAAUGUUAUGCAAAUCCCCGGCCUUAACACCUUAGGAGUCUCCAUGGCUCGCAUUGACUACGCUCCCGGGGGUCUCAACCCUCCACACACGCAUCCACGCGCCACCGAGAUUGUCUACGUCCUCGAAGGUGAACUCGACGUCGGAUUCAUUACCACCGCCAAUGUGUUGAUAUCAAAGAAGAUCAAGAAGGGAGAAGUCUUUGUUUUUCCUAAAGCGUUGGUCCAUUUCCAGCAGAACAAUGGGAAAUAUCCGGCGGCGGUUGUUGCAGCGUUCAACAGCCAGCUGGCCGGAACUCAGGGUAUCGCCGCCGCGUUGUUUACUUCCACACCGACGGUUCCCGAUAGCGUGUUGGCUAAGGCUUUUCAGGUGACUAAUAAAGAUAUUGAAUACGUGAAGGCUAAAUUGGCUCCCAAGAAGAAGAAAAACUAAAAUUUAAAUUGAAAUAAUUUGUGUUUAAGUUUUGGGAUUUGUUUGUGGUUCUUGAUUAUUUGAAUUUGAAUGUGUAAUUUUUCAUUUCCGUCA